AUGCUCGGUAUCCGUACCGCACUUAAGCCCGACUUGGAGUGUUCCGCUGCCGAACUUGUCUACGGUACCACCCUACGGAUUCCCGUGGAUUUUUUCGGGCAAUCUCAAAGCUCAGGCGACUUGGAUCCCAGCGAUUAUGUGCAAAGAUUGCGCCAAGCCAUGACUCAUCUUCGAGCCACUCCUCCACGUCCUUCAACAAGUAAGUCGUACGUCGACCCGAACUUACUAACAUGUUCUUUUGUAUUUGUCCGCGUAGAUAGCGUUCGCCGGCCACUACAACAGCCCUAUGACGGCCCAUUUCGAGUACUAUCGCGCAAGGACAAGCACUUUACAAUUGACCGUGGAGGCCGCACCGACGUGGUCUCAAUCGAUCGCUUGAAGGCGGCUUAUACCGAGCUUCUUCCAACUUCUCCAACCGAACAACCCCCACUUGGCACAUUGCCACUUGCUAUUUCCCAGACUCCUUUUACGCCCAAUAACCCCGCGUCUUCCCUUAUCCCACAGACUCCUCCCCUUACGCGCAGCGGUCGUCAUGUCCGUUUUCCCGACCGUUACCAACUUAUACAAUAUGCAUAA